AUGGUCGCCACCAGGAAAACUUGGAGCCUCUUGCGUGUCACUGUGGCGGUGUCGUCUCUGCCGCACGAGUCUCCCUGCCUGGCUGCGGCCCCCGCACCGUCUCCCGAGCACCGCGCCUGCCCCCCUUCACCGCCCCCCUCCCCCCCAGAUACAACGUCGCGCUCCCUGCCUCAGACCCCGCCCACCCUCGACCCCCCCACCAAUCAGCCCCCGCUCCCAGCCCCCGGCGCUAAUAGGCCCCCGCCCACGCUGAGAGCGCGCCGCCCCCCGCCCGCCAGCCUCAGUUUAAGUCAGGAGCGGAGCAGCAGCAUGGAGCAGUACCUCAGCUACCACACCAUGGCCUCCGCCACCGCCUCCCCCGCCCUCUCCCCCUCCCACCGCCCCAAGGACGACGGAGAGCGCCCCCCGCGGGACAUUGGCACCCUGUCACCCCCGGUUCAUGAACCAGCUGUCAUGCGGUACGGAGGUGGUGUCGCUGGCGGGUGAGUGGCUGACCGCGGCCGCCAACACCAAUAUGUUCACCUAUGAGAUCGCUCCAGUCUUUAUCCUCAUGGAACACAUCACCAUGAAACACAUGCGAGAAAUCAUCGGGUACAAGGGAGGAGACAGCAUCCUGGCUCCUGGCGGCUCCAUCAGCAACCUCUACGCUGCUCUUGCGGCCAGGCACAAGAUGUUCCCCGAGUACAAGAAGAAGGGGCUCCUGGCUCUUCCUGGUGAACUCUGCAUGUUCACCUCCCUUCAUAGCCACUACUCGCUGAUGGGGGCAGCCGCCGCCAUGGGUCUGGGCACCGAUAACCUUAUUGAAGUUCCUGUCGACGACAAGGGCCGCAUGGUGCCAUCAGAGCUCGACCGACUGAUCCAGGAGGCUAAGGGUAAGGGUAAGGUGCCAUUCAUGGUGACAGCCACCGCUGGCACCACCGUCAUGGGGGCCUUCGACCCCCUCCACGCCAUCGCUGACGUCUGCGAGAAGCACAAGCUCUGGUUCCACGUUGACGCUGCCUGGGGAGGCGGAGUGCUCCUCUCCAAGAACCAGAGGCACAAGAUGGACGGCGUAGAGCGGUCGCAGUCCAUCACCUGGAACCCUCACAAGCUGAUGGGAGUCCUCCUUCAGUGCUCAACUAUUCACUUCCAGGAAGAUGGACUGUUGAUCUCGUGUAACCAGAUGUGCGCCGACUACCUCUUCCAGCAGGACAAGCCUUACGACGUCAACUACGACACCGGCGACAAGGUCAUCCAGUGUGGCCGACACAAUGAUAUCUUCAAGCUGUGGCUACUCUGGCGGUCCAAGGGAGACGAGGGCUUCGAGCGACACAUUGAUCACCUCUUCGAGAUGACGUCUUACAUGGUGCAGAGAAUGAAGCAGCACCCAGACAAGUACGAGUUCGUCAACGACGAGCCAGAGUGUACGAAUGUCUGCUUCUGGUACGUGCCCCACCGUCUGCGCUCCGUCAAGGCCGGACCCGAACGCUGCAAGCUGCUGGGAGAGGUGCAACCCAUCCUCAAGGGGCGGAUGAUGACGGCAGGGACCCUCAUGAUCGGCUACCAGCCUCUCGACCACCACCCUAACUUCUUCAGGAACAUCAUCUCCUCUCAAGCCGUCAGGAGGGAGGACAUCGACUUCAUGCUGGAGGAACUGGACCGUCUUGGCUACGACUUGUAAGGUGC